AGUUUUUUGUAAAAAAUGUCAAAAUUUCCAAACAUAACCUAGCUUAAUUGUUUACAAAGUUGCACAAAUUUACAAGAAUAUUUUGCUCAGAAUGGAAACAACAAUAACUUUAAAUACUGAAAUUUGUCGAAUUUGCGAAGAGACAAACUACCUGAUUAACCUUUUUGACGAAAGUAACUUACAUCUGUAUGAAAAACUCAAAGAAAUUGAGGAUUUCGGUGAAAAUGAUUUGUUCGACAGUAUGUUUAAGUACAUUUGUACAAGUUGCGAAAAUACCCUAGAAGGUUUUUAUGAGUUUAAGAUUCAAUGCAGGAAUACACGGUCAAAACUGGUCUCAGCUGCCACUUGUGGGAUUUUUGUGCAACCCCAAGAGACUCUCAUUAUUUUGGAUGACAUCCCGGAUGCCCAAGAAGAUGUUGUCAUUGAUGAUGAUACGGAAUCUGAGAGUUCAGUUGAAUUGAUACAAUUCUCAGAGAGCAUAAAUGCACAAGGAAUUAGUAAUCAACAAAUGGAAAGCAAUGUACAUGCAAAUAAUCAAAAAUCAGAAAUGAAAAUCAUCUCAGUAAGUGGCAGCGAUGGAUCAGUGAUUGAGCCGAACCACCCAAAAUCUAUUCUAUGUACAAUAUGCAACAAAAAGAUUAUUACAAAGAAUUAUGAGAUGCACAAAGUACGACAUGAGCAGAAAAAGAUAUUUGAAUGUACCGAAUGUUCACAGACGUUCAUGAGUAAGAAAUACUGGAUUGCCCAUCUCAAGGACCAUAUCAACUUUAGGGAAUAUCAAUGCGAUCAAUGUGAUAAGGCAUUUAUGGUUGCGGAUCAUCUCAAAGCGCACAAAGCUACCCAUUCUGAUGACAAAAGCUUCGUUUGUUCUACAUGCAACAGAGGAUUCACGCGCUAUCGAAACUUGAAGGCUCACAUGCUAAAAGUACAUGGAAAGGAUAUUUCAGCGGAAGGAAAUUCUUAACACAAUAGAAAGAUAUUUUUUUAACAAUAAGUUGCAGUCAAAUCAAAAGGACACAUCAAAAAGAAUUUUUGAUUCAAUAAUUUGUUUGAUAAAGUAGGAUUAAAUCAAACAAGAAUGGAAACUUCAAGGAAUUAAAAUACUGCUUAAAUCGCAGGAAUUAUUAGGGUUUCACAAUACAGUGAUAUCAGAAGUAGCUUCCUCAUUGGAAAUAAAUUGAAUCCCACAAUGUUUUUACUAUAAUGCCAUAUUCUAAACAGUUAAAAGUUCUUUAUUAUACACAUAAUCUUAUCUGGAUUAAAAACUUUUAUAUUCUAUUAUUUUUUAUUAAGAGAACGGAAAAUAAUCAUUUUAGAAAUGAUCUCUGAAAAAAUGAAAUAUUUAGCUCUUAGUAAUAUGGAGAAAAAAUUAUUCGUAAAGUGCUCUUAUUUUGCGAUUAUGCUGCAAAGCCAUCCAAAAGCACUUCUUAUUCGUUAUAGAAUACCUUAUUUGGUUUUUGGGGUUUGAAAUAAAAGGACUUUGCGCAUAAAAUUUACUUCUGUACAUUCUUCUAUUGGUACUAUGUGUAUAGCUAACAAACUUUUUCUUCUUUUUUAGAUUAUAAGUUCAUAGAAGUAUAAGAAAUAUACAAAAAAUAUAAAUAUAUUUUAGAUAAAAGCGUAUUUUUUAGAGUUUCAAUGUAAAUAUGCCAUAAGAUGUUUUCAAAAAAGAGAGAAAUCAUGUAAAAUUCUUGUAAUAAAAUGUAAUAAAACAAAAUUAAGCUCUUGAA